AUGGCGUCCCGAACUGUCUUGGUGCCGUCCGCCGUCCUGAUCCUCCGGCUCCUCUACCUCGGCCUCCUCGCCGCCUCGCUCGCGCUCAUCGCCGCUGACAGGCUCAAUGUCGACAGCGACCCGCCGCAGAAGUACACCUUCAGGGACGUCUACGCCUACAGGUUCUUCGAGCUGGCCUACGCCUCCGCGGGGCUCAUGCUGUCCGCCGCCGCGUGCAUGGCGCUCGUCAUCAUGCUCUCCGUCUACUCGCUCGCCAAGUGA